AUGGCAAACCGUGGUCAACGAAAGGUAGUCAUCGUCAUAACUCUAUUUUUCCUCCUUCUCACAUUACAGGCAUUCAUUGGACACCGCUACUAUGACGCUCGUACAGCAGUCACGUCUAGUUGGUAUCCCUCUGAUACAUCGUUGAACGUCACUGCCGACGUAACGUCGCAUAGUCCAGAUGCCACAGCUGACAAUGAGUCUCUGCGCUACAUCCCACACAGUACAGUACAGACAUGGAAGGAGAGGGACUACCUCAUUGUGUUUGGCAUCCCAUCCAUUGACAUUGAGGCG